AUGUCUAAUGCAAUUCUUACGGCCGAUAUUACUCAAAUAUCUGCCUCUCAAAUGGGCGUCAGCGGUCUUGGAGCAGGAAACGAACGAAUGCGACUGAUGUAUGAAGCUUUGGCCAAUCCUGUGUGGUCACCGGCAAAUGUAGCCGAGCAAAAGCUAGCAACAGUUCAAAAGCCGCUUCUAUUUCAAGUGUGCAUGGUGGAAAACGUUGGAAGGUCGAAAUUGAGUCAAUUGGAGGAUUUAAGUCAUCGCAUGGAUCCCAAAACGCAACGUACGGACCGACUGAGCACCUCGAAAAAGGGAUUAGCGUCAGAGGACGGAUCUGGGAACGCUAAAACAAUGUCAAAUCGACAGCUGAUCACCUCAGUCGAUGUUGAUACUGACUCACCCACAUAUCUGGUGCCGCAAACCGGCGAGAAAUCCAUUUAUAAGCUCACACUACAGGACAAGUCUGGGGCAAUGUAUUUCGCCAUCAAUUUAUCCCCGAUGAACUUUUUGAAGAAUGAUGGUAGUUCAUGUAUUUUGGGCUCUAAAAUUGUGGUAUUGCCCGGCACAAUCUUUAACCGUGGAAUGUUUAUGUUGCGCGACAGCUCUUUGAAGUUCAUGGGAGGAAUGAUCCAAUCCUGGAAUCGUGGUCGUGAUUACAAGCUAUGUGAAUAUUUAGCGGCUCAAUUAGAGAGCCGAACUGGUCUCACUGCCACCAGAAAACGGAAAACCCCCACAGGGUGA